CACUAGAUUGUGGUAUUUCUUCCACCUCCGCCAUGGCCAGUUUCACAUCCUAAACCAGAAGCUGCAUCGAAACCGUAUUAAAGACGAUAUAUGGACCCGGCACAGGCUUCUUCAAGAGCCAAUGGUACUCCGCGUUCUCACCACCCGAUCGAGACACCCUCUUCACGAUUUUGGACAACAAGCAUCAUGCCAAUCAGCGGCGCAAGUACCAGUCCAUGUUCACCAUGUCAAGCAUGGUCACCUACGAGGCUUUUGUGGAUGAGUGUAUCAAGAUCUUCCGCAAACGGCUCGAUGAGAUAUCUAGUGCGGGACAGCCUGCUGACAUGGCCUGGUGGUUUAACUGCUUCGCCACGGACACUGUAGCCUUGCUCUCCUUUAGUAAACGUCUUGGCGACUUGGACAAAGGCGAGGACGUCGGCGAACUGAACAAAAGCUUGCAUUCAAACUUGACAUACGCUGUACUGGUAGGCAUAUACUCCGAAAUGCACCGCUUGAUCUUCGGCAGCAUGGAGAAGCUAUCGCAAUGGGGUGUCUCGAAAGGCACGCCACGAGGCUACAUCCAAGGCGUCGUGCGUCAAACCGUCACCGAACGGCGCAAGAUGCGUGCUGCGGGAGAGAAGCCUGACAUCGAAAAGGCCUUUGAGGAGGAAGAGAAUGCGCCCAAAGACUUUGCGACCAAAUUCCUUGAUGCCAAUGAGCAGGACGCAAGUCGCUUUACCGACCUUGACGUCAUGAGCGGUCUUUCAAGCAAUGUGAUAGCAGGCGCUGAUACCACUGCGGCCACGCUGUCCGGCAUUCUGUAUUGGCUGUUGAGGUACCCGAAGACGCUUGAAAAGCUCCGACAGGAGGUCGACGAAGGUAAGGCGGCAGGAAGGUUGUCGACUCCAAUCACGUUCAGGCAGGCACAGGAGCUGCGAUACCUGCAAGCCGUAAUCCAAGAGGCGCAGCGCAUGCAUCCUGCGGUGGGCUUACCGCUGGAGCGUGUCGUGCCCGCUGGCGGCGUGCAACUAUGCGGGUACUACUUCCCGGAGGGCAGUGUUGUGGGCGUUAAUGCCUGGGUUCUACACUACGACACUGGCGUUUUCGGCCCAGAUGCUGCCGAGUUCAGGCCGGAACGCUGGCUUGAAAGUGACGCGGAGACGCUGGCGAGGAUGAACCAUAGCCAUCUCCCUUUUGGCUUAGGUGCUCGAACGUGCAUUGGAAAGAAUGUCAGUCUGUUGGAAAUGUCGAAGCUAUUACCGGAGUUGGUGCAUAACUUCAAUUUCGAGCUGGCUGGGGAUCUGAGAAGCGGGAAGGAAUGGACGGUGAAGAAUCACUGGUUCGUGAUACCCAAAUCGCUUGACGUAGCUGUUAGUAGGCGACAUGAGGCAUGAUAUGCCGGGCAAUCGCCGAAUGUCCAGGUUGAUUCACGAUCCCUUAGGUUUCAAAUGAAUGCAGGAACAAAUUGCCGUAUGCAGUAGUGAACAUCAUUCUUAUAUCAGUCAAGAGAUAAGGGAGCAGCUGGCCAUGUGACCGUAGUCGGCACCACUGCAAGCCGUAUCCGCGCGCGGAGACUAUUGCUAUCUUGCAGCGAUAGACGGAACGUUUAGAAGAUGGGGGA